AUGGAUAGUGGAGGAAGUGAAGACGAGAAUGACGGAGGAAACCAACCACAAGCUACAGCUGCUUCUACCUCCUCUUCUUCUAAUACUCGUAAAACUGUAGCUAGCAAAGACUUUAAAGACGAUCUAACCAUCAAAGACAACGAAUAUUUUACAAAAGACCAACAAAAAGAGUAUUUGGCUUUAGGUUUAAGACUACAUCAAUAUGCAAGAGCAGGAUCAGUGAUUGGAGUAUUAAAAUGUAUUCAAGAUGGAAUGUUUGUAGAUUAUAGUUCAUGUGGUAAUACUGCAUUGUCAUUGGCUACUUUCUAUGGUCACAAUGAUGUUGUUAGAUGGUUGGUACAAAUUGGAGGUGCCAAUGUUAAUUUAAUGGCUGCGACACAUCAAACGUCACCGUUGGGUAUUGCUGUCAAACAGGGACUACUCAACACUGUCAAAUUGGUGAUAGCACUUGGUGGUGACGUUCAAUACAAAGAAGGCAGUGGCCUGACAAUGAUACAUCAUGCCAUUCUCGCCGGUGAUAUGAUGAUUGUCAAGGCACUCAUCGAUACUGAAGAAGUUGAUUUGGAUGAACUAGUCGAUGAAUCUGAAAACACUCUAUUGCACGUUGCUGCUUCAAAAUCAAAUCGUGAUAUGGUACAAUUCCUUGUAGAAGCAGGUGUAUCAUUGAUCAAAGUAAAUACACAAGGAAAGUCUGCUCUACAUCGUGCCAUUCAAGCAAAUAAUAUGCCAGUCAUCCAAUAUUUUGCUACUAAACCUGAUAUUUUAGAUAUUCAAGAUAAUAACGGAUAUAGUGCACUUAUUUUAGCAGCAUUUCAAGGUAAUAGAGAGAUGGUUCAAACUUUAAUAGAUGCUCAAUGUGAUACUACGUUGAUGAGAUAUGUCGAUGCCAAGGAUAGCGCAGAUGUGGCCAAUGAAAAGGGACACCGGGAAUUGUGUUUGUAUAUAUGCGAAAAGACGGGUAAAACCAUACCAAAUCUCUAUGUGCCCAUCAUUGACUCGAUGGUCAUGUCUCAAAGGAAACCAAAGUUUUCUCAAGACGCUUUGGACAAAAAGGAACAAAAGGAAAAGGAAAAGGCAGAGAAAAAAGAACAAAGGGAAAAAGACAAAGAGGCAAAGGAAAAGGACAAGGAAGCCAAGGAAAAGGAAAAGGAGGAGAAAAAGGAACAAAAGAGAGAAAAGAGAAACGAAAAGAGAAGAUCAGACAGAGCAGUGAGAAAGUUAAACAUUGCCGGAAUGAAAUUAAAAGAAAAUCUUCCCAAAUCUAGAAAAAAGAAAGUAGUCGUCGAUCAAGAUGAUGAUGAAGCAAUUGCCCCUAUUGAAAUGGCAACUGAAUUUCCAGAUGUCGAUGAAACUUAUAAAUGGAGUAGAAAAAAGAAACCACCUGCAUCAACUAGAAGAAAGAAGAAAAAGAAAUCUGAUAGUAGUGAUGAAGAUGAAGAAGAUGAGGAAGAAGAAGAAAGUGAACAAGAUGAAGAAAAGGAUAAAGAUGAAAAGAAAAAGGAAAAGGAAAAGAAAAAGAAACCUACACCCGCUAAAAAGAAGAAACCAGCACCAAGAAAAAAGAAAGCAACAAAGAAAGCAGAUUUGGAUGGAGACUUGGAUGAAAAUGGAAAUAAUAUUGGUCCAAAUAUAGAUGUUGAUGUAGAUCAUGAUGAAGAUGAAGACGACGACGACGACGACCAAGAAACAGAAGAAGAAAUCAUUAUAUCACCAACCAAAAACAAGAAAUCAUCAACAUUAUCGACAAAGAAAACUAAAAAGAAAAAACCAACAGCUUCAAGAAAAAAAGUUAGUGCUGAUGAAAGAGAUGAAGAUGAAGAAAUGGAUAUGGAAUUUGGAGGAGAUGAUAUUGUUAUUAGGAUGGAUGAUGAUGAUGAUAAACCAACAAGAAAACCAUCACCAAAAAAGAAAAAACGAUCACCAAAGAAACCAACACAUCAUCCAGUGAUGAAAAAAGCAUCAAAGAAUCAUCAAGAUACGUCAGACUCUGAUACAGAUACAGAGACAGAGAUUGAAAAUGAUGAUAGUCCAAUGAAAAUAUCCAUUUCAUUGAUGAAUGACUCGUCAGAGGAGGAAUUACAAAGAGAGGUUGCAAGACAAUUUGGAGUUACUUCAAGAACUAGAAAAUUAAAGGAAAAAGAGAUGAAAGAAAAGGAAAAGGAAAAAGAAAAAGAACCAAAGACACCACCACCCAAACCACAACGAUCAGUUGCCAAGAAACGUGCUAGCAGUGCUGCUGGAAAGAAACCAAUGCAAUCGAAAACCUUUAAAAAGACAUCAUGGACAAGUGCACCAACUGAAAGUAGUGCAAGUGGAAUAUCAAGUGACAGUGAUACUUAUAGUGUACAUAGCGACAACAACAACAACAACAGUGAUGAUGAAUAUUCAUCAUCAUAUAGACCAUCUCCAUCAAAGAUUGAUGAACCUCCCAAAAAACCAAGACCAGUUGCAAGAAAAAGACCUGCAAAUAAUCAAAAUAAUAUUAAUAAUAAUUUAAGAUCAUCAAGUUCAGAUUCAACUCCAAGUAAAAGAAAGGUUAGUGAAGAGGAGGAAGCAUUUAUUGCAAGUAUGAAAUUAUCUUCAACACCAAAAAUGUCGGCAUCCAAACCAUCAUCUUCUCUAUUUUCAACACCUGCUAGGGAAUCAUCAUCGGGUAUUCCUUGGAAUUUAAAUAAUACUACCGAUCCUACACAAACACUUGGAUCGAUUACUGGGUCCUAUUCACCUUUACCAACACCAUCACCCUUUAAGAAAAAGGUUGCUGCUGAUGAUUACUUUUCAACACCUUUUAAAAAUACUAAUAACAAAAAUAACGAAUCAACAAGUACAACUUCAACUACUUCUACAUCUACUACAAGUUCAAGUGAAUUUGAUACAAGUGCUAGUGAUAGUGGAGCAGCACAAAGAAAGAAAAGGAGAAAAAAGAAAAUUUAA